AAUAACUGGGUCCCUCGGAGAGGAGAUCUGGGGCCCAAGACCAUCGAGCAGAUCCACAAGGAGGCGGAGCUAGAGGAGCACCGAGAGCAGCCGGGGAGGAGGAGGAGGAGGAGGAGGAGGGGGAGGGGGGAUGGGGCCCUGGGGAGGCCCCCACACACCCGGUCCCCGAGGCAACCAGGCCCUGAUGACGGCUGGAACACGGUUCCCAUCUCCACCAAGAACCGACCCAUCGACCCGACGCGCCUCAGCAAGAUCACCAAGCCGGCCGCUCUGGACUUCAGUAAUCAGCUUCUUGCCCCCGGAGGUAAAGGCUCGUGGGGCAGUUGGGGCAAAGGCAGCAGCGGAGGCUCCGGAGCCAAAUCCAGCGACAGCACCCAGGACUCUGGUCGUACCAGCACUUUAAACCGCUUUUCAGCACUUCAGCAGCCUGCCUCCUCUUCAUCAUCAUCAUCAUCAUCAUCCUCCAACAUCAACUCUGACCGGAGGCUUCCUCACAGGAGCAGUUCCAGUCGGGAGCGUAGCGAUCGUUUCGACCGGGUCGCUGACCGCUACGAUCGGCGUGAUGACCGCGGAUCUGACCGGAUGGACCGGAAACGUCCCGCGGUCGGCCAGCGCAGCUUCAGCCGUGAGAAGGAGGAGAGGAACCGCGAGCGAGAGCAUCGUCCCGCUGAGAUGCUGCAGCGUGUUUCCAGCGAGAGAGAGCGAGAACGCGUGAAGAGAGAAUCUGUUCCCAAUCCUCCACCUGUUUCCUCCAAACCUGCGCUGACGGAGGAGGAGAUGGAGAAGAAGUCCACUGUCAUCAUCGAGGAGUAUCUGCACAUCAAUGACAUGAAGGAGGCGCUGCAGUGCAUCGGUGAGCUGAGCUGCUCGUCUCUGUCUGUGUUCGUUCGGACGGGAGUCGAGUCGACUCUGGAGCGCAGCACCAUCGCUAGAGAACACAUGGGUUUACUGUUUCACCAGCUCCUCAAAACACACACACUGUCCACACAACAGUACUACAAAGGGCUGCUGGAGGUGCUGGAGCUGGCGGAGGACAUGGAGAUCGAUAUUCCUCACGUCUGGCUCUAUCUGGCUGAGCUCAUCACUCCCAUGAUGCACGAGGGAGGGAUUCCCAUGGGGCCGCUCUUCAGGGAGCUGUCUAAACCACUGCUGCCUCUUGGGAAGGCUGGAGUUCUGCUGGUGGAGAUCCUCAAGCUGCUCUGUAAAGCCAUGAGUCAGAAGAAGGUGGGAGCGAUGUGGAGAGACGCGGCGCUGAGAUGGAAAGACUUCCUUCCUGAAGACCAGGAUGCUAAUAAAUUUGUCACUGAAGAGGGAGUGGAGUUCACUCUGGGUGAGGAGUGUGUGAGGAAGAGCAGUAAAGUGACUCUGAGUCCAGAAGAUAUUUCUAGAGAGCUUGAGCGACUCCUGCAGGAGAAAGCAGAAAACCAGAGGAUCUUUGACUGGGUGGAGGCCAAUCUGGACGAGCAGCAAACAUCAUCGCACACGUUUAUCCGGCCGCUGAUGACCGCUGUCUGUCAGUCUGCCAUCAUCUGUGUGAAUCCAUAUAAAGUAGAGACUAAAGAAAUGACCCAGAGGGCCGAGCUGCUGCAGCGCUACAUUAAAGACGAGCAGAAGGAGCUGCAGGCGCUCUACGCCUUACAGAGUCUGAUGGUGCAGAUGGAGCAGCCACCGAAUCUUCUGCGCAUGUUCUUCGAUGUCUUAUACGAUGAGGAAGUCAUCAAAGAGGAUGGCUUUUAUCGCUGGGAGUCCAGCAAAGAUCCCGCCGAGCAGCAAGGGAAGGGCGUGGCCCUCAAAUCUGUCCCUGCCUUCUUCACCUGGCUGCGCGAGGCCGAGGACGAAUCAGACAACAGCUAGAGCUUAGGCCACACCCACUGCAGAGAUGAUUGAUGUGAUAAAGGGGCAAGGAAAAACUAUUUUUGGAGAGAAAAGAAAGAAUGAAUUAAAGAUUUGGGAGAUUUUCAACGUACUUCUACUUUUUGUUUUGCCUUACUGUUUGCAAAUGUUUUUUUUUUACUGUUAAACCGAAACUCAAUAAAGUAUUAGAGGAAGACAAGUCGUUUAUAUAUAUAUCUGCUCAGUUUAUAGAUUUUUGGCCGUUAGCAUUGCUACUUCCUGUUUCCUGCUCCCGCCCCCAUGGAGAGGGACGUCGAUGACAUCAUCACUCAUUUAUGAUGUCACUUCCUGCUGACGGAAUGCUGCUCAGAGUUCUAUUUUUCCUUCCGAUUCCGAAUAUAUUCUUAUAUAUUCAUCGGCGCUGAUGUGGUUUUGCGUGGAGCGGCUGAUCGUGUGUGUGUUGCUAUAAUGAAGACGAUUGGAUUGUUUUUUUGUUUCUUUUAUUUUUUAUUUUUUUUUCGAUUUUGGAUUUUUUUUAGUUCUAGUGGAGUGUUCCGAGAUAAUUUUUUUCUACAUUUUUUAUGACAGAAAAACAAAAAAAAAUGCACAUCGCCCCUUUCAGAGCUGCAGUAUUCUGGUGUUUGGUUGCAGCUCUGAACGACGCGAGUACGAUGAACUAGAGACGGUAAACUUUGACCUUUUUGCUGCUGCUGCUGCUGCUGCUGCUGAGACGCUUCUGUCGGCCCGAGCUGAUGUACGGUUCACAUCAACACUUCAUGGAGAAAUAUAAAGGUUUGAGAAAUAAGGAUGGUGUUGAGGAGCGCUUGUGGAUGUGCUCUUUUGCACCUGUUGUGAACUUUACAAAACCAAUCAUUAUAACAACUUGAAAAAAUAUAAGUGUUUAAAUGACAAAAAAAAAAAGCUGGAUGAUGAGAGAGUACGAAUACUACAUGCCUUUCAGCUCCCUCGAGAGCGACCUGUAAAUACAUGUUUUUUU